UUUAAUUCCUUUUCGACGAAGAGAAGCAGAGCGCGAAGGAUUCUGGGUAGGACAUCCUUCGGUCAGCCAUAUUGCGGUGUUGUGUGUGUGUGAAGGAGAUAGAAGAUGAGGGGCAUCCGCGGAAUAAACCAGUUAUCGAGGAGGCUUUAUGCAGCCCAGGCUGCCCGUAAGGUGGAUGUUGCGGCAGCCGUGGAGCCAGUAAAGUUUCUGCCACAGGAAGUGCAGGUUACAAAAUUGCCUAGUGGGUUAGUAAUUGCUUCCUUGGAAAACUAUUCUCCUGCUUCUCGGAUUGGUGUGCUCGUCAGGGCCGGAAGCCGAUAUGAGUCCAUGGACAACCUCGGUGUCACACACGUGCUCCGUCUGGCUGCCAGUCUGACAACCAAGGGAGCAUCAGCCUUCAAGAUCUGCCGCGGUGUUGAGGCUGUAGGCGGAAGCUUAGGUGUGUCAAGCUCCAGGGAAACCAUGGCUUACACUGUAGACUGCCUGAGAGAUCAUAUUGACACUGUCAUGGAGUAUCUGAUCAAUGUGACCACUGCACCAGAGUUUCGGUCAUGGGAAGUGUCAGACCUGACUGCCAGUGUGAAACUGGAUAAGGAACUUGCCAAGCAGAGUCCGCAAAUUGGUGUCAUUGAGAAUUUGCAUGCUGCAGCUUAUAAGAAUGCCCUGUCCAAUUCCUUGUACUGUCCAGACUACAUGCUCGGCCAAAUCACCGCAGAUCAGAUGCACAGCUUUGUUCAGAACAACUUCACAAGCGCAAGAAUGGCCCUCGUUGGUCUCGGUGUGGAUCAUGCUGUGCUUAAGCAGGUUGGGGAGCAAUUCCUGAACAUCCGCAGCGGAACAGGCACUCUUGGUUCCAAAGCCGUGUACCGUGGAGGUGAGUUGAGGCAUCAGUCGGGAGGAGGACUGGUUCAUGCCGUCAUAGCGAGCGAAAGUGCAAGUGCUACAUCAGCUGAGGCCACAGCAUUCAGCAUACUGCAGCAUGUGCUUGGAGCAGGACCUCGAGUCAAGAGAGGCUCCAACACUACAAGCAAACUGAGUCAGGCCAUCUCGAAGGUCACUGCUCAACCCUUCGAUGCGUCUGCCUUCAGUGCCAACUACACUGAUUCUGGUCUGUUUGGAGUUUACACCAUCUGCCAGGCUAACGCUGCCAAAGAUGUAAUCAGAGCAGCAGUCGGUCAAGUCAAUGACAUUGCACAAGGAAACCUUGCAGCAGCUGACCUCAGCAGGGCUAAGAAUCAGUUGACGGCUGAGUACCUGAUGUCCAUUGAGAAUUCUGAGGGCUUAAUGGAAGCUAUUGGUUCACAAGUGCUUUCAGAGGGUACCUACCAUUCCCCUGAGGCUGUGUCCCAGAAAAUCAAUGCUGUAUCUUCAGCUGAUGUUGUCAACGUUGCAAAAAAAUUCAUGUCUGGCAAAAAGACUAUGGCCUCCAGUGGACACUUGGUCAACACACCUUUUGUUGAUGAAAUCUGAUGGGCACACAUCAUCACUCACACAUUUUAUCUUUCUAGAGUGUUGACCUCUUCAUUUCAUUAUAAUGAAAUAAUGACAUUUUCAUGAUAUCUAUAUUGUUCCUGUCCCAAUCAAUAAAAUAAACAUAAUAAUAAAGUUGUCAUCAAAAGUUUGUCUUGAUAUUUGUAAAAUUAUAUAAAGUGAAUUAAUCUCAAGAGAAGAACUCAACACUUGUCCAUUUGAAAUGUAUAGAUGUAAAUGAAUAAAGUAUCUUACCAACACCAACAAA